AUGGAAAAGACUGAUUCAGACGAUUUAAAUUUGUUGUUGACAACUGCACAAAAACUCUUUCUAUACGUUCAAAAAUCAUCGACAAAUAAUAAUACAAUUGAAAUUUCUACACCAAGAAAUGCAGAUGGAGCUGAUGAAAUCGAACCACUUCGAGCACACGAAAUUGUUAUUGUUAUCUGCGUUCUUUUGUUAUGGUUUGUCUCAAUAUUCAUUUUCAUUCGUCACUCUAAUAUUUUACGAAUUCGUCACCGUGAUAUACCAUACCAUUCGACCGCAGCAAAAACGUCUGUAAAUAUGAAUCAUGCUGGUAUUGUCAAAGGCAAUAGCGAUGCUAUUCUUCAGCAUAAAUCACGUAUUUCAUCGGCAGGUGGUAUUACACCACCUGGAGAGAAACGCAUUAUGAAUGAACCGAAAGUAUCGGAAACAAUCGAAACAAUUUCACUAUCAAUUUCACCAUCGUCUCGAAAACGACGUUAUGCGUCCCUACUUGACAAACGUAUAUUGUCGAUUACGAAAAAUUCAUUUGAUAAACAUGAUGAUAAAGAACAAUUACUUGACCCACGUCAUAUUACAACGGAAAUAAAAGAAAAUUUACUUGAUUUACAACAGAAAAGCAUAGAGAAUUUGUCGACUAUUAAACACUUGACAUUCCGUUCUAUAAAUGACGUGCGUAUUCGGCAACCAAACGAUAGCAAACGUGUGUUUGCCAAAAAACGAUGCAUCCAAGAGUCACCUGUAUAA